AUGUUUUACUCCGAACAGCUUCUUUCCAAAGAUGGACCAUUGGCUUAUGCAUGGUUGGCCGCAAACCUAGAAAAAAAGCUUACUAAACAGCAACUUCUCAAUGCAUCAAUUACAGACUCUGCCAGAGCGAUCGAAGACUCGUCCAGAGCAUUAGAGGUGUCAAGUUCACAACGCGAUACUGAACCAAUGGCACUUCGGCUUUCAGGACAAUUACUUUAUGGUAUUGUAAGGAUUUACUCCAGAAAAGCCAAGUAUUUAUACGAGGAUGUCAGUGAUAUCCUCAUGAAAUUGAAAGCCUCCUUCGCUACCUCGAAGUCAGUAAUUUUACCACUAGAGUCAACAGUUAUUGCAUCGGUUAAAAAUGUGACUCUGGCCGACACUGUGACUGAAGCUGACUUGCUUUAUCGUCAACCGCUCAACUUUGAUGAGAUUUUCGAAUCUCAGGAAAAGUCUGGCGAGCCUAGAAUCAGUGAAUUGGCUGUUGAUAAUGAAGAGGAGACGUUUCCUGCUGACGAAUCCAUUGAGAUUCCUCGUAGGAACGAAGAACAUGAUGAUUUGGAUGGAGAAAAUGCUGAUUUCGACUUGGACUUGAACUUUGAUAUAGAAGGAGACGAUCAUGAGGAGGUUCACCAGCAGCAACGGGGUGAUACCAACGAGGACACCUCGAUUGAAGUUGGUAGAGCUGCAGAUGUUGCAAAUGCUUCUGCCAUGGAUACUUUGGGAGAUAUUGAACUUCCGGACUUUCAGGAACCGAUUCUCGAUGUUGAUGACGGUGAAGAUAAUGCGAAUGAUCGGGACGAGCCAACAACUCCUCCGGAUCUGAUUUCCAACUCCCCUGUUAGAGGCAAGAAGCUUCCAGUAUAUCAGAAGACGGAUGUUGUAAGGACCAUGCGUAAAAGGAUCAUUGUUGAUACUAUAACGGAGCUUUCGGCUCAGACUCUACGGACAAAUCAAAGGAAGUAUUUAGAGAGUGAAGGAACUGACAGCUCCGUUGGUGCCAAGAGACGUAUCUCAAAGCGCGUUUCACCUGAAGAUGUUUCCAGUGCAUUGGCUGGUAAUUUUAUUACUAGUUUCGCCCGAGGUUUACAUUUGGAUAAGAAGAGAAGGAUUGAAGAACCUUCAGAGGCUGUAGAACCUUCUGGGGAGUUGCCAGAGGUCCCUGAAGACCAUCAAAAUGAAGACGAGUUUCAGACUGACUUUAAUGAUAUUGAUCUUGCUCCACAGUCUCCUGUUCUUGAUAUUACUCUUGAUUUGGGUGAUGAAGAACCCGAGAAUGCUCCUUCCGAAGAUAUUCAAGCGGAUGUCGACCUGCCAGGGUUGUCUACGGAGAACAACCAACACAAGAAAAUAGUGGAGGACGAUACUUCCAGUGAAGAGAAAGCUGCCGUACACGUAGCAGGCCGCCUCAGAGAGAUGCUCACCACAGAUGGUAAAGCUUUUGAUGGUGUUUCAGUGACUUUCAGUGACGUCAUUGAUGCAGACAAGGUAUCUGAAGAGCCUUUGGCCGCCGAUCUCAAGUCUGAGGCCAGUAAGAUGUUCUUUGAAUUGUUGGUAUUGGCUGGAAGCGAUGCAGUCAAACUCCAACAGAAUAGAUUGUUUGGUGAAAUCGCAAUUGAAGCAACGGAUUCUCUUACUAUGAGCUUUUUGUAG